ACAAACCUUCAGGCCUAAAUAAAUUGUGGAUGGCUAACAUAAACCGACGGGUUAAAACUGUAAAAUCGUUGCCAAUAAUAUGGUUUAAAGACCACUUUGGCUUGGUGUAAUAUACGCGGGUUGGUCUGGUUUUGUAGUAACGGAGCAGUUUAGUAAAUGUGCUAUAAUGGCCGUACACAGCCAAAUGUAAUCAACUUCAGCUGUCAUUCAAAAACCAGAAAAUGCUUAUUAACUUGAACUUCAGGUAUAAUGCCAGCUUGUAAAUUUGGUUUCGUCUAUUUUCUGUCGAAGCUAUUACUCCCCGUCAGACUGGGCGGUGCAUGAAGUAAGGAUCCUGAUUGAAACUGGAUGCCACUCAUUUUAAAUUCUGUCAGUAGUCAUGUUGACAUGUAAUCAUUAUUAAGUGAUGUCUAGCUAUCAUUUGUUAUUUACUUUUGACGUCAACUUCGUAACUCCCUAAUAAACGUUACAGAAUAUGUAACACAGAGCGAAGUUCAGUGAGAAUAUAGGGCACCUUUAUCUAGACUUGAAUGAAUGUGGGAGGGCGUUGUAGGGUCCGAGACCAUGAUUGACAUAAUGAAUUCCCACUGAGAUUACUUUCCGAAGUUCCGCCGCUCAAGUCUCACGUCCACGCCUUUUCACGUUGAACGACAGAACAAGAAAAGACCAAUAACAAGACAGGCUAUGUUGACGAGCAGUUGAUUUAACCAAUGGCUGUGGCGAAUUUGGUUGACAGAGGGUGGAGUUUCAGUCACCAACGGAGGUUGGUGUCGUCUGACCGGAUGAUAGAAGUUUUGUUUAGUGAGUUUUUUUUUUUAUUAUCCGUUUGAUUGAGUGAUCGGUCUUGUUUAGCGCUACCGGUAACGACUUGUUAAACCCUUAUUUUUAUCUCAAGUAACUCUUUCCGUUGACUGCAUUUGUCUUUUUUUAGAAUAAAGAAGUCAAAUAGUUUGUAGGGCGAAACUCAAGCCUUCAAAGUAACACGAGUACUUAGCUUGCUAGCCGGUUUGCUACGCGACAGACAAGGCGAGCCCAGCGCAGCAAUGGGGAACCGGGGGAUGGAGGAUUUGAUUCCCCUCGUAAAUAAACUUCAGGACGCCUUCAGCUCCAUCGGCCAGAGCUGUAACCUGGACUUGCCGCAGAUCGCCGUGGUCGGCGGUCAGAGUGCCGGAAAGAGCUCGGUUUUGGAGAAUUUCGUCGGCAGGGACUUCCUUCCUCGAGGUUCAGGCAUCGUCACCCGCAGACCCCUCAUCCUCCAGCUGGUCAACAACAAAGCAGAAUAUGCAGAGUUUCUGCACUGUAAAGGCCGCAAGUUUGUGGACUUCGAUGAGGUUCGGCAGGAGAUCGAGGCUGAGACGGACAGGAUCACGGGCUCCAAUAAGGGAAUCUCCCCCAUCCCCAUCAACUUGAGGGUCUACUCCCCGCAUGUGCUAAACCUCACACUGAUCGACCUGCCCGGCAUGACUAAAGUGGCGGUUGGGGACCAGCCUCCAGAUAUUGAGCACCAGAUCAGGGACAUGCUGCUGCAGUUCAUCACCAAGGAAAGCUGCCUGAUCCUGGCUGUCACGCCGGCCAACACUGACCUCGCCAACUCCGACGCGCUCAAAAUCGCCAAGGAGGUCGACCCCCAGGGGCUGCGCACCAUCGGCGUCAUCACCAAGCUGGACCUGAUGGACGAAGGGACAGAUGCCAAGGAGAUCCUGGAGAACAAGCUGCUGCCUCUGCGCAGGGGCUACAUUGGAGUGGUGAACCGCAGCCAGAAAGACAUUGACGGAAAGAAGGACAUUCGUGUUGCUCUGGCGGCCGAGAGGAAGUUCUUUCUGUCACACCCGGCUUACAGGCACAUUGCGGAACGCAUGGGCACCCCCUACCUACAGAAGACGCUCAACCAGCAACUGACCAACCACAUCCGCGACACGCUGCCGGGCCUGCGGAACAAGCUGCAGAGCCAGCUGCUCUCCCUGGAGAAGGAGGUGGAGGAGUACAAGAACUUCCGGCCAGAUGACCCCACGCGCAAGACCAAGGCUCUGCUGCAAAUGGUGCAGCAGUUCGGAGUGGACUUCGAGAAGCGGAUAGAAGGCUCUGGAAACCAGGUGGACACGGUGGAGCUGUCAGGCGGAGCCAGGAUCAACCGCAUCUUCCACGAGCGCUUCCCGUUUGAGCUGGUUAAGAUCGUGUUUGAUGAGAAGGAGCUGAGGCGAGAGAUCAGCCAUGCUAUCAAGAACGUCCACGGUGUGAGAACGGGCCUGUUCACUCCAGACAUGGCGUUCGAGGUCAUCGUGAAAAAGCAGAUUAUUAAGCUGAAGGAACCCUGCCUGAAGUGUAUCGACCUGGUUGUUCAGGAGCUCGUCAGCACAGUCAGGCAGUGCACUGACAAGCUGGGCUGUUACCCCCGACUGCGAGAGGAGACGGAGAGGAUCGUGAGCACAUACAUCCGAGAGAGAGAAGGCAAGACCAAGGACCAGGUUCUGCUUCUAAUUGACAUUGAACUAUCCUACAUCAACACCAACCAUGAAGACUUCAUCGGUUUUGCCAAUCUCGACUUCAGGAGGAUGGACGACAGCCCCCCUUUGGGGUACAGCAGCAACAGCGCCCAGCAGAGGAGCGCACACGUAAACAAGAAGAGGGCCAUCCCCAACCAGGGUGAGAUCUUGGUGAUCAGGAAAGGUUGGCUCACCAUCAACAUCAGCAUCAUGAAGGGAGGCUCCAAGGAGUAUUGGUUUGUGCUGACUGCCGAGUCGCUGUCCUGGUACAAAGACGAGGAGGAGAAGGAGAAGAAGUAUAUGCUCCCUCUGGAUAAUCUGAAGCUCAGGGACGUGGAGAAGGGCUUCAUGUCCAAUAAGCACACGUUUGGGAUCUUCAACACGGAACAAAGGAACGUGUAUAAGGACUUGCGUCAGAUCGAGCUCUCUUGCGAGUCCCAGGAGGACGUGGACAGUUGGAAAGCCUCUUUCCUCAGAGCUGGCGUGUACCCCGAAAAGGACCAGCCGGACAAUGAGGAGGCCGCGGUCGACACCUUGUCCAUGGACCCUCAGCUGGAGCGACAGGUGGAGACCAUUCGCAACCUGGUGGACUCCUACAGCAACAUCGUCAACAAGACCAUUCGGGACCUCCUACCGAAGACCAUCAUGCACACCAUGAUCAACAGCGCGAAGGACUUCAUCCAUUCGGAGUUGCUGGCCUACCUGUACUCAUCAGGCGACCAGAACACGCUGAUGGAGGAGUCGGUUGACCAGGCGCAGAAGCGCGAUGAGAUGCUGCGCAUGUACCACGCGCUGAAGGAGGCGCUGCAGAUCAUCGGGGACAUCACCACCACCACAGUGUCCUCACCCUUGCCCCCGCCCGUCAACGACAACUGGAUCCAGAGGGACCCCAGUCCUACCUCCCAGCGCAGACCGAUGGCGGCAGCAGCAGCCCCCCCUCCCAGCCGGCCCCCUGCAGUGAGGGGCCCCACCCCAGGUCCUCCUCUGAACCCGUCUCCAGCAUUCGGGGCACCCCCCAUCCCCUCCCGCCCGGGGCAGCCCAUCAAUGCCUUUGGCAACCAGGACCCAUUUGGCGCCCCCCCCCUGGUCCCGUCCCGGCCUGCUCGCGUGCCCCCCAGCCUGCCCCCCGGCGUCCCCAGCCGGAGACCCCCUGGCGCCCCCCUUCGGCCCACCAUAAUCCGCCCCUCCGAGCCGUCCUUACUAGACUAGGCCCCGGGGCCUGAGGGUGGGGCUGGGGUGCCGAGAGAGGGCCAGACGGGACGGCGGCUGUGAACGCGGGCGCCCGUACACGUGCCUGCACACAAACACGCACGCAAACAUGCAAACAGUCGCUGUGCCGCGUCUUCAGUGUCGCCUUCAGGGUUACGGACGACCUCCUUGUGCAGAAAUGUACAGAAUUACAGAUUGUCUUUGCAGCAUAACAGUUAUGCCCCCCCCCAUUUAUUCCUACUUCUGUCUGAUCUGUAUAAAAAGAUACAUUAGCCAUUUAUGCCCCCCCCCACUGAUUUUUCUAACUCAAGUCAUACUGGAAAUCACUGUUAUUGUGGAAAUUGUCUGUUUUCCCUCCUCCUUUUGUAUUUCAGGAAGUAUGUACUUUUACAAUGUUGUUGUAUUUAGCUUUAAGGUCUAAUAAUUGCAUUGUAAAACAGGGGAAGCUCACCCCUGCCCCUCCCUUAAUCACGCAACCGAUAAGAACACAAUACGACCAAUCAAAGAGCAGGUGAGCCGGUGGUGUAGACCAGUCAGAAGCUCUGACUGAACUGCAGCUGAAAAUGAGUCAAGUCAUACUUGGCAUAUAUCCUAAAGCAAUUUAUACAGUCAAGGCAAAAAAGACUAACAUUUGUAGCACAGGAGUGACUAAAAUAAGUUGUGUUGCUUCAGCACAGUUUUGCAGUCAUGUUCAGGGGUGAUGUUAUUGUUUUGGUGUAUUAAGCAGCCCCCCUGUACAAACAGUGUGUUCCCCUUGCAAACUCAACAGUUAAUAGAAAGUUCCAGAUUGUUUAAUGGCUGUGUCUGUGGAACCUGGAGCCAGUGUGUGUGGAUGUAGACAGGCCUGUGAGCCUCUGAAGCAUUAACAUAACAUGGGUUAAAAGAGGAAAAAAAACAAAAAAGAAAGAAAAAAAAGAAACUAACUUUUUUGCGUGUUCUGGGCACCUCAUUGCACUGAUAGGCAGGGGGUGUAAAUCUUUUGAGAUUGUCCUGAAGGGGUAGGUGGGGGGGGGGGGACACUUUGCUUCAUGGGAUGUCAGAGCCCUGACAGAAAGUGAAGUGACCAGGAACUUCAAAAUGGAAUCUAAACCUGUUACCAGAAAGUUUGGGGGCGUGAUUUUAAAUAGAACGUGGGGGGUGGACGAGGAUUACAUUUUGGGUGGGGCGGGGGUGGGAACCACUUGUGAAAUGACUGAGAUGACCAGUUUGGUCACGUUCCUGUGGAAAUGGAGAUUUUUUUGUAACCCUUUUGUGUUAUUUAUACCAAGGCUGAUUUAUUUUGUCAAAAGCGGUUUUUAUCCUGAAUUCUGAGAGCUCUGUCCAGGUCCUCCACCGUUGUGAAGGCUAGUCACAGAGGCCACUGAGGCAAAUCCCCCCCCCCCGCACCACCACCCUUGAUUUAAAAACUCAUCAUAUCGCCAUCAUUCUUGGCAUUGGGGUAAUGGUCUCCGAUUUCUUCCCCGUUAUCCUGCACAAAUUUCACAGAAAACCAAAAGCUUUAUAAGCAGAAAGCGUCUGUCAGAUGUGUCUUUGGUAUGAUCAUUGAACAUCUGUAACUCCUGAUUCUGUUUGUUUAUUUGGGCUUUUUGGGAAUGUGAGCAUUCUGACAGACAUUCUGAAUGUUUUCCGUUUUGAUUUGGUGGGUUGAACCUGUGGGUGGGGGAGAUGGCCAAGGUCCGAGUGCUCUUUGGCUUGCUGUGCAUGUCCUGCUUCAAGAGACUGUGUAAAUACAGGUGCAGUCCUGUGGAAUUAGUUAAGGAUUUUCAAAGGGAGGUACUGGCAGAAAGUAACCCCCUCUCCGAGUGUGGGUGUGAUUUUGUUACAUUUUUUGCAGAUGGGUGUGAGGAGUUUAGGUUUUGUGGGCCGAUGAACUUCCCGUGAAGACACACAGACUCUGAGAGCAGGAUGACGGCCGUCCUUGGUCAGGGUCGGGGACCUUGGCGUCUCCGAGGCAGCUGGCCGAAGGCUUUGUUUUUAUAUUUACGGUCGGUAAUUUCCUGCAGAGGUUCAUUCGAGAACCUUCCUGAAGGUAGAACGUGCAGAUACAUCUAGAUGGAGAUGGUGGGCGAGCUACCCAGCCUUCCCACUCGGAGAACCGGACACGCUUCCUGACUUAAGUGCCUCUCGUUCUGACUGGAACCGAAUAACUGAGUACAAAUAAUGAAUGAAAUGAGCAUUAAUAAAAGCUAAUGUGUACAAUAAAUGGAAUGGCUUCUGGUGGCUGGUGUCUGCUCUUUGUGUCAUUUCUCUCACUCUCCAUCUUCCCCGGUGUCCUACCUCCUUUCUGGUAUGUUCGUCUCCCUCCAUUUAAGACACUCGGCACAGCCUUUGCUACCUGGUGUCCUGGCAACCAUCUUGAGAUGACUUCUGAUUGGUCUGAUCACUUUCUCUUUUCCACCGUUGUGACAGUGAUUGGGUGGUGGGUGAGAUUUGCUGAAAGUGGUGGUGAAUAUCCUAGGUUCAGGGUGCCCUCAUUUCUUGCUGCAGGGGGGUAUCUAUCCCCCCCCCCCUUUCCUUCAUAAAAGCAUCACCAACCUCUUGUGAUUAUAGCAGUCUUUCCAGCCAAUCACGGGUCCUUCUAUACUGUAGUUAUGGGUGAGAAAUGAAGGUUGAUUACACUUUCUGUGGGAUAAAAUCAGGAAGUGAUUGACAGUGUGGGAUAACCCCCCCCCCCCUCCCCUAUAUAGGUUUUCUUGAAGCCACCUUUCUCCCACCUCUGCACAUUCUGCAGAACUGGCAGUGAUAUCAAUUACAGCAGCAACGUUGGUUCCUUUAAAUAGGAGUUGUCGUAGGAGAUCGUCACGAAUAACCAGAGGAGCCAUUUGGUUUUUAUUCACCGUCCUUUGAUGUUUUCUUUGACAUACGAAUAUUGGGGCAAAAAAAAAUUGGAGAUUAAAUUGCGUGUCGUUAUGGAUGACCAAUAUUGCAUGCAUAAUGGUGUCACAUAAGCACAGAACCCAGAAAUAUUUGUUGCAACUUUUAGUACUGAAACGCCGUAAGACAUGGUAUAUCACAGGUUAAACAAAAAGGGGUUGGACCACUCCAGACAACACAUUACAUUCAGGGCCAAAGUAUAGCCCGUUCUUCACCGAUCAAGGGUGUCAUUGGAUCACGUGAGAUUGAAUGCUUGGGAGGUAAAGAGCAAGGCUUUGUCAGGUUAGUCUGAUGAACUUUGCUCCCGCAGUGAUCUCUGACCUGCACUGUGAUGAAUACAGAAGAGGUCUUUGGGUUUGUGUUCAUGGAACCGCUGAAGGCCUGUUCCCAAAAUGUGUGGAUCUGACCCUACCCCACUGUGCAGUGAUUAAACUCACCCUCACGGGCCGCCUGCAUCCAUGACGUGCUGGGUUUGCAUUUCAGUCUUUGUCCUUUCAUCACUCUGAACAGGCGCCCAGGUCCUCGGAACCAGUGGUGAACAGACCGACCCAGGAUAUUGGUGGGACACACCUCAUAACAAUGUUAGAGUUGUUAAAUGAAGGAAAUACGACCGGAUUUCAGAGGUGCCACGACUACAGCAGCCAAAAACAUGCAAAGAUUUCUAGAAGAAGACAGAUUUGGUUUCCUUCUAUACCAGGAUUCAAAAAUACACGUCACUGGAUGCACCAAACUGUAUUGAAGUGAUAAUCACUGGAAAGUACUUUAAAAGAAUUUUUAACAAUAUACAGAUUCAUGAUUUAAAUAACUAUGAAAUGGCCCAAGAUAUGAAUCGUUAUAUACAAAUGUGUAUGAUUAUUAUUAUUUUUUUUUUUUUUUACAUAUUAGAUCUCUUAGUUGUCAUCAAUAUGUUGUCAUAUGGACUGGUGUAAAUUUAUAUUUCCAAUAAUCAAGAGCAUUGCUCUGCAUUUUGCACAUUAAAUGGCAUGUAAAUAGUCAGCAUUGGCAUCUUGGGUGGAGUUGGGUCUGUUCUCAUGUUUAUCUGGAGUGGCGCUGGUCUGAAACAAUCGCUGGCACCCAAGGGGCGACUUUCUGUGCAUCAAUGUCUACUGAUCAUCGGAAACUCAGGGGAGUUGAAGCUGCUUCCUAGCAUCUGGACCAUAUGACCAAACCGCAAAAGAACUCUCUCGGGCCCAGAUAUUAACGUAAAUCAGGUGUCUAAUGAACAGAAGGCAAUUCUGCUCAGAAGUAGUAGAUUUGAUAUUUAUGUGUGUGCUGUGAAAAUGAAACUCUCAUGGGAAUGAUUAAAAUGUUAAUACUUGAA